AUGACUCUCGAAGCUACUCUUCGUCCAACUCUGCAGGCGAUGUGGGGAAAGGGCUGUCCAUCGCAAAACAAAGAGGAAGGAAAGGAACCCGAUUUCAGCCACAUUCUCUCCUUCUAUGACCCAAACGCCCUUGAAAUCAAUGUCAAGGAAAAGAAGAUCUACAGAGGACACGAAGAAAUCACCGAGCUUUUCAAGGAGUGGAUGAGCUGCGGAUCAAAUUGGCAAUGCAAGACUGCCGAUGAAUCGUUCACGGGAGGUGAGGACUUGAUUCGUUAUGCUUUUGAGAUGACUCUUCAUGUGAAUGAAGAGACAAAGAUGGUUAUCGACAAGACCCAGUACUGGAAGAAACAUGGCGACAAGUACCUGAUGGAAGUCGAUUAUUACGUGAUCAAGACCGCAAACAUU